GUACCCAUUAUCGGCCACACUAAAUAGUGGUGAUCCAUAAAUACGCUCUAAUCUGGCCAAUUAUCUAGCCUCUGAGCUUAUUCCCCGUUUUCACAAAAGCGGCCUGGUAUGCUUUACAUGAUUCAGUUUUCUCGUCAAUGGCAAGCAGAUUCUUCCAUAACUCCAGUAAUUUACGGCAACAAAUUUCUACCAUAUCAACUAUCCAGAUGCGCAUUCAAGCUCGAUUCCUUCUCUGGCUCUCAAUAUCUCAUGAUUCAAAUAUUCAUAGUGCCAAGCUAAGUAAAUCUGUUAAUACCCUCUUCGCCAAACUUGUCAACAGUCAAAAUGGAGACAUCAAAUAUAUGUUGGAUCAAGAACAUGAUCUCUUUCUCAGAAGCGAUGCCCUGUUCUGGGAGCCCCUGCUCAGAGCACUUAAAUCAUCAUCUUCAUCCUCAUCCGACAUAGUUGAGCAGGUUUUAGAAUGGAAAAUGGAGAAACUUGUGAAGGAGUCAAUCCGAAACCCAAGGGAUUGGGCUAGGCAUAUAAGUCUUGCAGGGAGAGUAAACAAUGCCCAAUUAGCUUCAAGAACUUUUUCUUUAAUGGAGCUUCAACAAAUCAGGCCUACUGUCACUGUAUUCAAUUCCCUUAUUUAUGCAUAUGCAUUUUCCAACAGGAUUGCGAAAGCUCUCAGUCUGUUUGAGGUCAUGGACAGAACAGAUGACUGUCAACCCACCUUGGUGACAUACAAUACAUUUAUGUCUGUGUACUCUCGUUUUGGCGAUGCCAACAAUUUGCAAGCAUGGUAUGAGGCCUGCAAACAGGCAGGGUUUUCACCUGAUGUGGAUACCUACAAGCAUCUGAUUUUAGGAUUUGUCAAAGCUGAUAGGUAUGAUAUGAUGGAUGUUGCUUUUAAAGAAAUGAUAUCUAGUGGUGUUAUGCCAAAUCUUGUCAUGCUAGAAUCUGUAAUCGAAGGGUAUAGCAAACAAAGGCGUUUGGACAGAAUGAAAGAAACACUUAAAUUUAUGAAGGAAGAAGGAUGGACUGUGACUGAAAAAAUAGCAACAUAUGUUUCAGGUGUAUGUUAAAUGGAGAUGAGUACAAGAAAUGGAAGACAUGAUGGUGAAAGCAAAGGCAUUGGGAAACAUAAAGUUAAUAUCAGAAGAAUACAGUAACAUAAUAAAAGAUGUGGGAAAAGUGCUAAAAUAUGGGGCAGCUGUUUGAUGGUGAAUUUUAUGUGGGAAAGGUGCUAAAAUAUGGGCAUAUUUUGUAUGUCCUGAAGAUGUAAAAGCAGUUGUCUUUUCCUAUUUCAUCAUUAGGCUUGAAUCACUCAGUUUCAAUCAAGCAAUGGAAUUGCCAAGCUUUCUUCCAGCACAUUCAAUCUUUUGUUUACAGAGUAUGGAAAGGCUGGACAGAUUGAGAAUUCGCAAGUCGUUACAGAGAAAAUGAAGAAAGUAGGCUUCAAUUCUGUCAUCUGAGGUGAGCCAAAAUCUUCAAUAUUUUUAACAAAAGGUUAAAAGUUAGUCAAAUUAUAGAGCUCUUCUUACUAAGCUACUGCUUCUGUAUCUUCAGUUUUCUGCAAGCUCAAUAUCAAAUUUAAAUCUUGUACAUUGCCAUUA